AUGGCCUAUAACGACGACGAUGAUGAUAAUGAUGCUGGUACCAGAAAUUGUAAUUAUGAUGACGAUGGCGAUGAUGUUGAUAAUAAAAGAUGUGGUGGUGAUGAUGGUGACCAGCAUGGAGGUGGUGGUGUUCAGGAUUAUGACGUCACAGCCGGCAAAAAACGAAACCUCCCCAGAAUUUUUCUCCAUUUCGACUUUCGCAGAGGAAUGAAUGGACUUAACAGAAAAAGUUUUGUCAAGAAGAUUGUAAGGAAGAGCAAAACGGUGAAAGAGCGCGUCAAACAUAGAGUAUCGUCAUGGAGACGAGAUCACGUGGUCAAGAAACCAACAAUGACGUCAUCAAAAGCGACUAACAUGAUUGGUGGAUGGAGUUACAUGAGUUACUGGUCGUACGAUUACUCAUGA